CCUCACUUAAGAACGGUUUGGAGGGACAUUUUCGUCAUUUUCCAAACCCUGUUUUUCUACUCCAAUUCCAUCGUACAGAAAGAGAAACGGCCGCUCUUCUCUCUUCUCCAAUUCCAUUCAUCCAUCGUACACAGAGAAGAGAACAACAACACAGCUCCAUCAUCCAAGUCAACAACAACAACACAGUUGCUCCUGCUCUGAUCUUCAUCAGAAAUCAGUUUGUUGCCGCCGCAGUGAUCUAUCGCCGCCACCGUCCGUCAUUCAUUUCUACCAUUCACCGCUGUCAGUCAGUUGCUUCACUAUCAUCUUGUAUCAGUUGAGCUGCCGACGAUAAUUUCAAGGAUGCUAAGGUGUGAAAAUAUUCUCAUUUUGUAGCUGCUUCAAACUGCCAAUCUCAAGUCUUAUCAUUGAAGAGGGGCACAAGACGAAGAUGAAGACUCCGAGCAAGAAAAACAAAAGAACUGAAGACGAAGAGGGUGAAACCAAUGGAGGCGAUUCAUAUAUGUCCGAAAGCAAUGUAACUGAUCUGCCUUUGAUCAAAAGGAAUGAUGAUCAACAUUUGAUCAAAAGCAAUAAAAGUGAAGAUGGCGAGCAAGGCAAAAAGAAAAAGAAAAAGAAGAAACUGAGUGAAGAAAGCAAUCAUAAGAAGUAUAAUGAGUUCAAUAGCAAUGAAUGUGAAGAUGAUGACCAAGGAAAGAAGAUGAAAAAGAAGCGGAAGCUAAUUGAAGGAAACACACUUGAGGAAGGUAACGGCUUUAGAAGCAAUGAAGGUGAUAGUGGCGAGCAGGGAAAGAAGAAAAAGAAAAAGAAGAAAUUGAAUGACGAAAGCAAACAUAAGGAGUAUAACGAGUUCAAAAGUAAUGAAUGUGAAGCUGAUGACCAAGGAAAGAAGAUGAAAAAGAAGCUAAUUGAAGGAAACACACUGAUGGAAUGUAAUGACUUUAGAGGCAAUGAUGAUGAAGAUGGUGAGCGAGAGAAAAAGAUGAAGAAAAAGAAGAAGAAACCAAGUGAAGAAAGCACACAUAAGGAGUAUAGUGAGUUCAAAAGCAAUGAAUGUGAAGAUGACCAAGGAAAAAAGACCAAAAAGAAGCACAAACUAAUUGAAGGAAGCACACUUACUGAGUGUAAUGACUUUAGAAGCAAUGGAGGUGAAAAGGGUGAGCAAGACAAGAAGAUGAAGAAAAAGAAGAAGAAACUAAGUGAAGAAAGUAAAUGUAAGGAGUAUAGCAAGUUUGAACCCAAUGAAUGUGAAGAUGAUGAUGGCCAAGGAAAGAAAAUGAAGAAGAAACUAAUUGAGGAAGCCAAAGUUAAGGAGUAUAGUGACAUUAUAAGCAAUAUAAGCAAUGAAGGUGGGAAUCCUGACCAAGGCAAGACGAAGAAGAAUAAACCGAGUCAGAAAAAGAAAAGUAAGGAGAACAAUGAUUUUAAUAGCAAAGAAGGUGAUGCUGUCACUGAAGUUAAUGAUCAAGGCAAAAAGAUAAAGAAAAAAAAGAAAGCAAAGACAGUUACAAGCGAGUCUCCUAACUGUGCACAUAAUGAAACUCCUAGCAAUGAAGGUGAUGCUGAUGCUUGUUUCUCUGUCACUGAUGUUAAUGAUCAAGGCAAAAAGAUGAAGAAAAAAAAGAAAGCAAAGACAGUUACAAGCGAGUCUCCUAACCGUGCACAUAAUGAAACUCCUAACUCUGCACAUAAUGGAACAUCUAAACGCAAACAAGUAACUUGGGCUGAUGAAGUGGAGGAGAAUUUAUGUUGUGACGGCUUAUUGCGUGGGAAAAGGUAUACACCUGAAGAAGAUGAGAAGAUCAAAGCAGCUGUUUUUGACUAUAUAGAUUCUCAUGGUUUGGGAGACGAAGGUCUUGAUAUGGUUCUAAAUGUCAAAUUACACCCUGAGGUUAGCGGCUGUUGGAAAGAAAUUGCAAAAGGCGUACCUGAGAGGCCUUAUGAGAGUGUGUAUCGACGUGCUCAUACUUUGUUAGAAAAGGAGGGAAGGUGUAAGUGGACAGCGGAAGAGCUUGAAUUUAUUGAAAAGACCUAUGAGCAACAUGGAGCUAGUUGGAGAGCAGUAGCUGACGCUUUGGGUAAAAGUCGAGCUCAGGUAAAAGAUGCGUGGCGCAGAUUAAAAUAUACCAAAGCAAAAACAGGACAUUGGUCCCAAGAGGAGUAUCAAAAGUUAUUUAACUUAGUAAACCUAGAUCUGCAAGAGAGGGCUAAAGAGCCUUAUAAAAAAUCACAACAUGGUAUGCUGCGAGAUAAUAUUUGUUGGGAGGCAAUUGGUCACAAAUUGGAGACUCGAAACAGUGCAUUUUGCUGCAAGAAGUGGUAUGAGCAAUUAACAUCAACAAUGGUUGCUAGUGGUGAUUGGUGUGAUACUGAUGACUUCCGCUUGAUAAACGCUUUAUAUGCUUUGGAUGCUUGCUGCAUGGAGGAGGUAGACUGGGACAAUCUAGUUGAGCAUAGGUCUGGUGAUGUGUGCAGGAAACGAUGGGAACAAAUGAUCCAACAUAUUGGGGAGCAUGCCGCCAAGUCGUUCAUUGAGCAGGUUGAAGUUCUUGCAAAGAGAUUCUGCCCUAACUUGUUGGAAGAUAGAGAAGCCUUUGACAACAAACCUGUAAUUUGUUGAGGUUUAUUUCCAUAAGAUGAAUUGAUUUUGCUGAACCAGAAUGUAUUAUGCUAUGAUGAGAAUCGUGUUUUUUUUUUUUUUGUAAUGAGAUGUUAAGUAACAUUGUUCUUUUAUUCCUAUUUAAUAAGCUGAACUUUAUUUGAAAGUGUUUGUUUUGAUUAAAGGCUGGUUUUGUUUAUCGUGAA